GGGAAGCUCGAGGUCAAGGAGUUAAUACCCUGAAGUAGGAGGUGAGAGGGGACUAGGAAACCGGAUUGCUUGUAGGAGGGUGGCUGAUGUAGAAAUACAUUAAUUUAUGUGUAUAUAAUUGGAUGACAGAGAGCUUUGUUGUCUGACAUUGAGGAAGAGUGUUUUAAGAUGGUAAGGGAGAGCAUGCUCCCUUGUCUUGUAAGGUAAAGCAAAGCAAUACAAGGCAAGGUAGAUUAGAUAAUUGAAGCUCUACUGGUUUCCUCACAUCAUCUCCAUCAAUCAUCCACCAUUCAUAUGUCUAUCUCUUUAGUCUUUGUAUAGGCUGGAGUUUACUGCAACAAGAAAGGCAUUAGCACAUAUGUCAAAUUUGUGAUUCAUUGCCAAAUUUCUGUGGCACAAAAAAGUAUUAGCAGGAGACAGACUUUUUACUACAAUGUCAACCAUGUCAUACAAUCCUCAUUCUUCUUCGUAUCCUUGUUCUGAUUGGCUUCUCCAUAAUUCAGCUGUGGACAUGCAAGCCCAUCAGCAGCAGCAGCAACAGCUGUUUUUUUGGGAACCCAGUUUUGUUGUGGACUUGGAUAGCUCUGCCAGCCCUCCUAGUGAUAAAAUCAGUCGCCUUGCAACAAUACCCACAAGCCAAUACACGGCUUUUUGGGAUUAUGGAAGAUUUUAUCACAAGCAGCAAUCUAUUAGCCCUUUAAUUUUAAGGUCCAGUGAGCGAGACUGCUUUGAAAAUAAGAGCAUGGGAUAUUCAUAUAGUGAUGGUCUGACAUCCAUGUCUACUGUCACGGAAGAAAAAUGUGUUCUUGAUGGUUUGUAUCAGGGAUUUGAUGAGGAAGAAGGAAUUGUCCCAAGCAAGGCCUUUGAUGAGCUCACAAUCCCUCUAUAUUUCGAAGAUGGUAUGGAGGAUAUUCCCUUUUUAGUCACCGCCCAAGCUAGCUGCAGCCCUUCUGAUCAUUCAGAUGCUGUCGGAUCCAGCAGCUCUGUUAGCUUGCACUCACCUCUGGACCAAUUUAGCAGCGAGUUUAGAGAAUGCCCAUCUGAAUUGCAGGCCAUUUUAGGUCCCCCAGAGCCCCCAGUAGCCCACGAGGACCUUGUUGAAAUCCUCAUCAAAUGUGCAGAGGCCUCCUCAGAAGGACAACAUGAUAUCCUGCACUCUCAUCUUGCGAAGCUUCAAGAGUUAUCUUCUCCAUUUGGAGAUCCCCUGCAAAGGAUAUCCUUCUAUGCAAGCGAGGCUCUGAAGAAGAACAGCUUCAAACAGGGGAGAAUCGAGGAGAAAACUGAUGAGAAGUCUUGCCUGGAGCAUGAUUUAGCUCACCAAGCCUUGUAUCAGCUUCUUCCAUAUCACAAAUUUCUUCACUUCACUAGCAACCAGGCAAUACUUGAAGCUAUAGGGGGUGCCUCUCAUGUUCAUAUCAUUGACCUGAAGAUCAGACAGGGCUUACAGUGGCCCAGCUUCAUACAAUCUUUGUCCCUCAGACCUGGAGGACCCCCGAAGCUGCUCAAGAUUACAGCCAUAGGAAACCAUGAGCAGAGAUUGAAGCAGACAGGAAGGCGUUUACACGAGUUUGCUCAAUCAGUAGGGAUUGAAUUAACCUUUCGCCCAUUGAUUGCGGAAAUGGAAGAACUGGAAGAAUCUGCCUUCAAUAUAGAAGCCCAUGAAACUGUAGCCGUGAAUUGCUCUGUAGUGCUCAACAAAAUGCUCUGCAAAUCAGGUAAAAUCCAUGGGCUCUUGGCAUUGUUGAGAAGGUUAAAUCCUGUGAUCCUUACCGUAAUGGAAAUUGAAAGCAAUCAGAAUAUGCCCUCCCUUGUGGCCCGGUUCCUGCAGUGUCUUAUUUUCCUCAGGGCCGUGUUCCACUCCAUUGAAGCUUCCAUGGAAAGAAAUAACCCUGAAAGAAUUCUGAUUGAGAGAGUUUGCAUUGCACCCAAUAUCGCUAGUGUUCUUGUGGACGACAAGGAGAAUUCACUUAGAUAUGCCUGCAUCGAUAGUUGGCGAAAGUUUCUUCGCCAUUCAGGCUUUAAGGAUUCCCCCCUCAGUCAUUACAGCCAAUGCCAGGCUAAUCUCUUGUUGGGUUUGUAUUCAAAUGACUCCUUCAAGCUCCACCAAGAUGGAUUUACUAUAACUCUUGCAUGGCAAGAUACUCCUAUUGUUUCAGUCUCUGCAUGGAAAUUAUAAUUACAUGCAGGAAAUAUUCUUCAAGGGAGGAUGAACUUGUAUUCUUCGUAGUAAUUAAUAUUGUCAGUUGAAAUUAUCUUUUAAGAAAAGCCUUGCGAUAUAACAUACCCAGUGCCAGUUGCAGAUCAACUCCUCUAAAGGUGGAUACCAAAGGGCGAGGCCUGAAUGGUUUAAAGAAAUAGGUCUUUUGAAACCUAUUUUCUGAUUCCGUAUUCUAAUUGUUUGUAAGUCUAUUGCCCGAUCGGGAGACCCUCUUCUGGCACUAGGAACUAAAAAUAAUCUUUUGUUCUGCACUUAUGUAGGAGGAAUUGCAAGAAAAUACUGCAAACGGACAGAUUGCAAUGUGCAUUCAUCUAGCUUCCCCUGCAUAUUACUGUGUAUGAUUAUAGAUUAGCUUAGUUAAAGAUAUUUCUGUAUACUAGGGUUGGACAAGUGCAUAGUGUAAAAAAAAGCAAUUGCACUUGCGCUUACUUAGAAGCAAGCAUGAUCUCUGCAAAUGUACAUUUCUUUCCUCCACAGAUGAUUCAAGAUUUAGAAAUUAUUGAUGUAAGCCUAAGAAGCAAGGCAUUCAGUGUUGUCUCUCAUGCUAAUUUCCUUCAUAAAUGAAAUUUACAAGUAUUGUUCACAAGAGUA